AUGGAGGAAAAUGAUAAGAACUUGUUUAUGAAAAAUAGGAAAACACUUCUGCUGUUAAUUGUUGUUUUUGCAAUGUUGUAUGGCAAAGAAGUAUGUGACGCGGUUGUGGCGAAAUGUCUCACCGGUAGGCCUAAGACAGUGGAGAAGGCCCAGGCCAUCUUCAUGCUUUGGAUUGAAUUGGAGGCUGUAGAGCCUUUCUUGGAUGCAAUGGAGAAGGCGAUAAAAGCCAAAGUUGCUAAAGUUGUUGUACCCGUAAUUGAUGUCAUGUUUCAAGCCUUAAGUGAGUUUGGAGCAAAAGUUGUGCCUCCAAAGAGGAUAUUAAAGAUGUUGCCUGAGCUAUUUGACCAUCAAGAUCAAAAUGUUCGUGCAUCUUCUAAGGGACUUACUCUUGAGCUUUGUCGAUGGAUUGGAAAGGACCCUGUAAAAUCAAUAUUAUUUGAGAAAAUGAGGGAUACAAUGAAAAAAGAAUUGGAAGCCGAGCUGGUGAAUGUAAUAGGGGCAGCUACACCAUGUCGCAAAAUAAGGUAUGAGCAAGACAAGGAGCCAGAAAAGGAGGUUGUAUCUGAAGUUGUGGGUGCUGGCCCAUCUGAGGAAUCUACAUCUGAUGUGAUGUUGAAAGCAACCAAGUGGUCAGAACGGAAAGAGGUUGUUGCAGAGCUAACCAAGCUUGCUUCAACAAAAAGAAUAGCACCCGGUGAUUUCUCAGAAAUCUAUCGGACACUAAAAAAGCUCAUAACAGAUGUUAAUAUCGCUGUAGCAGUCGAGGCAAUUCAAGCUAUUGGCAAUCUUGCUCGGGGUUUAAGAACUAAUUUCUUUGCAAGUUCACGCUUCCUAUUGCUAGUUUUGCUGGAAAAAUUGAAAGAGAAAAAACCUGCCUCUACUGAGGCACUAAAUCAAAGUCUUCAGGCAAUGCAUACAGUUGGGUGCUUAAGUCUAGCUGACAUUGUGGAAGGUGGUAAUUUUGAUUUUGCCCAAACUGUAAUGGAUGUUGUCUAUUGCUGA